CGCAUCGCCCCAACACGACGUGGACUUCUUCUGGUUGUCGGAAUCUCGCGCGAGGCGCGAUCGAUCUGCGGAGCUGCUUCGUCGCCAUGGACGUCGACUGGUGUGACAUGAUGCCCGUGGUAAGGAUAGGGAAGGGAUCUGUGCAGUAGUUACUGGCCAACAAACAUGGGACGUCAUGUUCGGAUGCGCGCAAGUCCACCCAAGCUGCAUCACGUCCAUCAACACAGGAGGCUCUGAGAAUCCACCAUCUCAAUGCAAAGAGCGUUCCACAUACGUAUGUCGAAUCCGACGCAGUCUGAUGCUUGGAUUUGCGGCCAUUCUUGCUUUGAUCUGUCCACACGCGAAGGCAAUCGAUGACGUGCGAGCACCUGUGCCGUACAUGCCUCGACAUCGCCCCGGUACAUCGUCGGUAUCCACGUCAAGGCGAGUGGGCUGUCGCUCGGAUUGUGCGCCUAUCACGAGUGGCGCCAAUUCGCCUCCGUCGGCUUUGUCCUGCACGUGUGCGAACGACCACCCCCACGUUUUGUGGCUGCUGGCCCCAUGGAAGGAACCCGCGCGAAGAGGAUGCUGAUGAGAGCCAUCAUCAGCAUUUUUCCUGCCGCUCUUCCUGCGUCGGGGCGACAGCAUCUCGAGCGCAGUUCGUGAAUGGCUAAAGAUUGGAUAAAAAUAAACAAUAUUUCAGCCAA